GUUCUGCCUGUCGCACAGACAACAACAAGCCGGUGGACCUCCUGCAGUGGCCGUAGUUUCUUCCAGUGGGCUUCAGCCAUGAACAAGCUACUCGUGACCUGUCUGGCCGUCAGCCUCUGCUACGUGAUGGGAGAACCCGACCCUGACCCCGAUCCAGGCAAGGGAGGAGGCGGAGGGUAUGGGGGUGGCUAUGGUGGUUAUGGUGGCCACGGAAUCGGGGGCUACGGCGGUGGUGGUUACGGAAGUAGCAGCAGCAGCUCUGGAGGAGGCUACGGGGGCUACGGUGGUGGGGGAUAUGGAGGUGGCGGUUACGGCUCCUCCAGUAGUUCUUCCGGAGGCUACGGAGGCGGGGGCUACGGUGGAGGUUAUGGGAGUAGCAGCAGUUCUUCGGGUGGAUAUGGCGGUUACGGCGGAGGGAAGGGAGGUGGAAAGGGAGGCGGAAAGGGAGGUGGAAAAGGCGGCGGAUUGAAGGGUGCCUUCAAGAAGAUCGGGCUACUCUUUAAGAAAGCUUUCAAGAAGGGAGGAGGAGGAAAAGGAGGCGGUAGUAGCAGCGGUGGCUACGGCGGCGGCUACGGUAGCUCCAGUUCCAGCUCAGGAGGGUACGGCGGCGGAUACGGCGGAUACGGCGGAUACGGAGGAUACGGAGGAGGGAAAGGCAAGGGAGGAGGAGGAAAAGGCAAGGGAGGAGGAUAUGGAGGCUACGGUGGUGGAUAUGGAGGCUAUGGUGGUGGUGGAUAUGGUUCAAGUUCUAGCUCUGGAGGAGGGUACGGUGGCUACGGCGGUGGCCACUAUGGCUAG